AUGGCUUUAGACCAGGGUCGUGGAUGGGGAAUUAGUCCCUAUAUACAAAAGGUUCUUUAUCUCACCGUUAUCGAGAGAAUGGUCACCUAUGCGGCUGCUAUAUGGGCUGAACCCAUGCAGGGUCGCAAAGUGCGCCACUUGCAAAGUCUCCAGCGUCAAUUUGCCUUACAGAUAACUAGGGCGUUUCGUACUACCUCAUCCAGUGCAUUAAAUGUCAUGGCGGGACUGAUCCCUCUUCAUCUACGUAUUCUGCAGGAAGCAGCAAUACAAUCCGUCAAGGUUUUGAAAAAACCUUUCAUCCUAUUUGAUGAACUUUUCACACCAUUGCACUAUGAACAACCCUCACAACAUUUGGAUGUGCAUCCAGUCCUUCAAGGAACAGGACUUCGGAUUUUCCUUAAGGACGUAACACUGCCACCUAUCCCAAGCAUUCAAUAUUACACUGAUGGAUCUAAAAUAGAUCAACAGACAGGCUGUGCCCUUGUAGCCUUUCAUAAUGGUCAGUCAAUUUAUCAGUGGCUGGGUCAUCUCCAUGGAAAUAAUAGUGUAUUUCAAGCGGAGGCCCUAGCCAUCCUCAAAGCAGUUCAACACUGUAAAACAAGUGGUGCUAUGGAGGCAAUAAUUAUCACUGAUAGUCUUUCGUCGCUUCAAGCGAUUCAAAACCCCAGACAUUCUUCUUCGCUUAUCUCGGACAUCCAAUGUGAACUUCGUAAUCAAGUGGGAAAUAACAUCACGCUAGCUUGGACUAAGGGCCAUGCUGGGGAUCACGGUAAUACUUUGGCAGAUAAGUUAGCCAAAUCAGCUGCCGAAAAUACCGAUGCCGAGGCUGAAGAA